AUGGAGACUUAUUUAAAACAGAAUUUCGGUGGAGUGAAACCCAAACAUUCGUCGGACGAGACGUUGAAGAACUGGAGGACUCUGUGUGGUGUCGUCAAGAAUCCUAAGCGACGGUUUCGGUUCACUGCAAACCUCGUCAAGCGUCAUGAGGCUGCUGCCAUGCGCCGUGGCAAUCAGGAGAAGUUAAGAGUAGCGGUUUUGGUGUCGAAGGCUGCAUUGCAAUUUUUACAAGGUGAGUUCUUAGUACUUGUUUAUAUGCAUGUAUCGCAUCUAUAUGUAUAUAGGAAAAUUAAUCUACUCCUGAUAUGGAUAAUCACAGGGGUGGAACCGGGCGACUAUACAGUACCUGAGGAAGUCAAAGCCGCUGGUUAUGAAAUCUGUGCUGAUGAACUAGGUUCCAUUGUUGAAGGCCAUGACCCCAAAAAGCUAAAGUUGCAUGGUGGAGUAGAUGGUAUUGCAGCAAAGCUUAAGACGUCAACAACUGAUGGACUUUCUACAGAUAAGGAAGGGCUGAGCCGCAGACAGGAGCUUUUUGGAAUUAACAAAUUCACCGAGGCCGAACAAAAGAGCUUUUGGGUGUUUUUAUGGGAAGCCCUUCAAGAUAUGACCUUGAUGAUCCUUGCUGUGUGUGCCUUUGUCUCUUUGAUUGUUGGCAUAGCAACAGAAGGCUGGCCUAAGGGGGCUCAUGAUGGUCUUGGAAUUGUGGCAAGUAUCUUGUUGGUAGUUUUUGUAACUGCAACAAGUGAUUAUCGCCAAUCUUUACAGUUCAAGGAUUUGGACAAAGAGAAGAAAAAGAUAUCUAUUCAAGUUACCAGGAAUGGGUACAGGCAAAAAUUAUCAAUAUAUGAGCUCCUGCCUGGCGAUAUUGUACAUCUUGCUAUAGGAGAUCAAGUCCCUGCAGAUGGACUUUUCCUUUCUGGGUUUUCAGUCUCAAUUGAUGAAUCCAGUUUGACAGGAGAGAGUGAGCCAGUAAUGGUCAGUGCUGAAAUUCCUUACUUGUUGUCUGGAACCAAGGUCCAAGAUGGCUCAUGCAAAAUGUUAGUUACAACAGUAGGGAUGAGAACCCAAUGGGGAAAAUUGAUGGCAACUCUUAGUGAAGGGGGAGACGACGAAACUCCACUGCAGGUUAAGCUAAAUGGAGUUGCAACCAUCAUUGGAAAGAUAGGUCUUUUCUUUGCCUUGGUGACUUUUGCAGUUCUGGUGCAAAAGAUGCUUACUCGUAAGAUCAUAGAAGGAACUCACUGGAGCUGGGCUGGCGAUGAUGCCUUAGAACUGUUGGAAUACUUUGCCAUUGCUGUCACCAUUGUUGUUGUUGCAGUUCCAGAGGGAUUGCCUUUGGCUGUCACGUUGAGCCUUGCAUUUGCCAUGAAAAAGAUGAUGAAGGACAAGGCACUUGUCCGCCAUCUUGCAGCCUGUGAGACUAUGGGGUCUGCAACAAGUAUAUGCAGCGAUAAAACUGGGACGUUAACAACCAAUCACAUGACUGUAGUGAAAGCGUGCAUUUGUACGGAAGUCAUGGAUUUGAACAAACAAGUCACCUCUGAGAUCCCAGAUAAGGCUUUAAAGCUUCUUCUACAAUCAAUAUUCACCAACACAGGGGGAGAAGUUGUGAUUAACCAACAAGGGAAACGUGAGAUACUAGGAACCCCAACAGAGACAGCCAUACUGGAGUUUGGAUUGUCACUUGGAGGUGAUUUCCAAUCUGAGCGCCAAGCAUCCAAAGUUCUCAGAGUUGAGCCUUUCAACUCUACGAAGAAACGAAUGGGGGUGGUGCUGGAGCUUCCUGAAGGAGUAGUAAGAGCACAUUGUAAAGGUGCUUCAGAAAUAAUCUUGGCUGCUUGUGAUAAGAUGAUCAAUGCAAAUGGUGAAGUUGUGCCUCUUGACCAGGCAUCCAUUAAACAUCUAAAGAGUACAAUUGAGAGUUUUGCUGAUGAAGCCCUUCGAACUUUAUGUCUUGCUUAUAUAGACAUCAAAAGUGAUGUUUCGGCUGAAACUCCUAUUCCAGCUUCUGGGUACACCUGUAUUGGAAUCGUGGGUAUCAAAGAUCCUGUGCGCCCAGGCGUCAAGGAGUCGGUAGCUAUUUGUCGGGCAGCUGGUAUAACCGUCCGUAUGGUUACAGGAGACAACAUAAAUACCGCAAAGGCCAUAGCUAGGGAAUGUGGAAUACUUACAGGUGAUGGUAUUGCAAUAGAAGGUCCAGAUUUCCGUGAAAAGAGUCUGGAGGAAUUGGACAGACUAAUUCCCAAGAUUCAGGUGAUGGCUCGAUCUUCUCCUCUGGAUAAGCAUACACUGGUGAAGCACUUGAGAACAACAUUUGGCGAGGUUGUGGCAGUUACUGGUGAUGGAACAAAUGACGCCCCAGCACUUCAUGAAGCAGAUAUUGGGCUUGCAAUGGGCAUUGCUGGGACUGAGGUAGCCAAAGAGAGCGCGGAUGUUAUUAUUCUAGAUGACAAUUUCUCAACAAUUGUGACCGUUGCCAGGUGGGGACGAUCAGUCUACAUUAACAUUCAAAAGUUUGUACAGUUUCAGCUGACUGUCAAUGUUGUUGCUUUGAUAGUCAACUUCACUUCAGCUUGUUUGACAGGAAGCGCUCCCCUCACAGCUGUUCAGCUGUUGUGGGUGAACAUGAUCAUGGAUACAUUAGGAGCCCUGGCACUAGCAACUGAACCUCCAAAUGACGAAUUAAUGAAGAGACCUCCAGUUGGAAGAACGGGAAAUUUUAUCAGUGGUGUUAUGUGGCGGAAUAUCAUGGGGCAGUCUUUGUACCAAUUCGUAGUGAUAUGGCUACUUCAGUCAAAAGGAAAAUCAUAUUUCAGUCUUCAUGGAGAUGAUUCCGAUUUGAUCCUUAAUACCCUCAUUUUCAAUGCCUUUGUCUUCUGCCAGCUAUUUAACGAGAUAAACUCAAGAGAAAUGGAGAAAGAAGACGUUUCAGAUGGCAUAUGGGACAACAACGUGUUUGUAAGCGUUAUCUUUGCAACAUUCAUUUUCCAGGUGAUAAUAGUCGAGUACCUGGGUGCCUUUGCAAAUACAUCACCACUAACAAUCAUGCAAUGGUUCUAUAGCAUUUUUAUCGGGUAUUUAAGCAUGCCGAUUGCUGUCUAUUUGAAGAGGAUCCCUAUUUAA